AGAUUUCGCGAUGAAGAUUGCUGGACAGGUUGCUCUAAUAACGGGUGGAUGUGGUGGACUGGGGAAAGCAUUCGCUGAGAUCUUACUUAAGUGUGGAGCGAAGGUUUGUCUCGUUGACUUGAACCUGACGCAAGACUCUCAACAACAAUUGAAUGAAAUGUAUGGAAAAUCAGUUGUCUUUAAACAAUGUGAUGUCACUAAUAGACAAUCUCUAAAAGAUACAUUCGAAUUCACAAAAUGCACAUUUGGACGAUUGGAUAUUGUGGCGAACAACGCUGGAAUCUGCGAUGAGGUCAACUGGGAAAAACAAAUUUCCGUGAAUCUAUCGGCCAUUAUUAGAGGGACCUAUCUUGGGUUGGACUAUAUGAGGAAGGACAACGGCGGAAAUGGAGGGGUCAUAAUCAACAUAGCUUCAAUGACAGGUCUGAUACCAUUAUUCACCAUACCAGUGUACACUGCCACCAAACAUGGCGUCGUGGGAUUCUCUCGGGCGAUAGGGACCGAUGCCAGAUUUUCUGAACAACAAGUCAGGUGUAAUGUAUUAUGUCCAAGUUUCACAUAUACCAAUAUACUCAAAUAUUUCGACAAUGAUGGUGAAUUAAAUGCCGUCUCACGAGCCAUGAUUUCUGCUGCAGAUAUUUUAGAACCCUCCACGGUUGCUAGGGGGUUCCUAAGACUGGUAGAAGAUGACACAUUGAAUGGUGAAGUAAUGAGGGUUACACCACAUAAAGGUAUUGACAUCAAGUUAUACCCACGUGCAGAGACUUUGAGAUUGCCACCAGAGCUGAUCAGCAAACUAUAGACAAACGAGUGAUUACAUUAAACUAGAUGUCACUACAUUCUUGAAAAGUAUUGCCAAACAGGCUGAAACUGUAUGCGAAUGGAUUUGAAGUAUUUUGAACGAUUUACAAUAUCUUAUGAAGUUUAUGGACUUGCUCAUGUGAUCCAUAACUUCUGACCUCAUCCCGCAAUCAGACCGAGUGACAGGUAAUCAAAAGGAUCACGUACAUGUAGUAUAUCGCGAACCAUGUUGGACUGUUUUAUUUUUGACUAGGAGUAUUGUUAGACACAUUCUUCUUUUUACAUUUAAACAAUAUGUUAUCAUCAACUUAAGCACAAAAAAUAAUGAUAUUAUCGUUUUGGAUUAUACCAAUAGAUAUUGGAUUUGUAGGCCAUCUCCUCAUCGUGCGCAAUUUCCAGUUUCCAGUUGCGCACGGUCACUUAGUUUGAAGUUUCAUGUUUUGCCCAUUUUUGUCUUUUGUAGGUCUGAAUCACAACCCCAAAUAAACAGAAAAUCUAAACAAUUCGAUUGCUGAUCAAAAUUACAAUAUCUUGGAGAGCACUAUUCUACUUCUAUCUUUCAGUCAAAAAGUUAUACUUUGGAUUAUAUAACAAAACACAAAUACAAAUAAUGAUUCAAUUCAAUUAAAUUAAAUGUUGUCGACUGAAUAAAUCGCGGCUAUUUCAGAAGAACUUAAUUCUGCGUCGUAGAAACGGAAUUCAUCCAGCAUUCCCUUGCCAUAUUUUCCGUUAUGAUUAUUGGGUGUUCCUAAUUUAAAAUUGUUGUAUGAAGUUGGCGAAGAGGUUUUAGAAUAUGAAGCAGUAUUUGUGGCUUCAAGCACGCCAUUGAUGUAUACAUUCUGCCCGCCAGUCGCCCUCCACGUGACACUGACGUGAUACCACGUGUUGACAGCAAUAUUGUUCAAUUCCGUCGCCCAUUGUUCAUUUGCUGGUGUUGAGUGAUAGAAACCCAAGGUAUUGUCCAGAUUAAAACGCACCGCUACCCCAUGACUAGCUGCGCCGUUAGGUUGCCCUCCCGUCGAUAUAUAGUAAUACGUUGCAGAUAAGGUCGUCGCGUGAUAAAACCAAAAUACCAUUGUGUGUCCACUGGCACAAUUGCCAAGAUCUCCCAGGCAAGUACCACGCUGAUUUCCAAAGUCGAUCCGCUGGCCAGUUCCGCUGAAGGACACGGCGUUUCCUACCUUGCCUGAUACGAAAGCAGGAGAAGACUGGAGAGUUCCAAUGAUUGUACCAACGGUUGACAUGAUUGUUGUUCCACUUACAGAAUCAGCAUCAAAGGUGAUGUGCACAUCUGGAACUACGAUGAAAAGAAAUACUUAAUAGCUUA